CUGUGCCGCCGCCGCCGCCGCCGCCGCCGCCAGCAGAGCGCACCGGGCGGGCCGGGCGAGUGGCCAUGGCGGGCGCCGAGGACGGGCCGGGCCAGCAGCCGGAGCUCGACGAGGAUGAGGCAGCGUAUUGCCGGCGCUGGGGCGCGCAGCACGCCGGGGCCCGCGAGCUGGCCGCGCUCUACUCGCCAGGCAAGCGCCUCCAGGAGUGGUGCUCGGUGGUCCUGUGCUUCAGCCUCCUCGCCCACAACCUGCUGCACCUGCUGCUGCUGGCCCGCUGGGAGCACGCGCCCGCCGUCGUCCUGGGCGUCGUUGCAGGGGCGGUCACCGCGGAUUUCUUCUCCGGCCUGGUGCACUGGGGCGCUGACACGUGGGGCUCCGUGGAGCUGCCCGUCGUGGGGAAGGCUUUCAUCCGGCCGUUCCGGGAGCACCACAUCGACCCCACGGCCAUCACGCGGCACGACUUCAUUGAGACCAACGGGGACAACUGCUUGGUGAUGCUGCUGCCGCUGCUCAACAUGGCCUACAAGUUCCACACCCAGAGCCCAGAGGCCCUGGCGCAGCUGUACCCCUGGGAGUGCUUCGUCUUCUGCCUGAGCGUCUUCGGCACCUUCACCAACCAGAUCCACAAGUGGUCGCACACGUACUUCGGGCUGCCACGCUGGGUCACCUUCCUCCAGGACUGGAACAUCAUCCUGCCACGGAAACACCACCGCAUCCACCACGUCUCUCCCCACGAGACCUAUUUCUGCAUCACCACAGGCUGGCUCAACUACCCCCUGGAGAAGGUGGGCUUCUGGAGGCGCCUGGAGGACCUCAUCCAGGGCCUGACGGGCGAGAAGCCUCGGGCCGACGACAUGAAGUGGGCGCAGAAGGUCAAGUAGCCUCCAAGCCACCAGCUGGCCGCCGGCCUCCCGCCCCCACGGAAGCCAUCUGCCGACUCCGGCCUCCUGGAGCGGCCCCUCCGCGUGGAGGACACCUCCUGGGCUGCGCCCGGGCGCCCGCCCGCCCCCAUGACACAGAAUACUUGAGCCACUGAUUUUCCCAUUUCCUCUUUCCGUUCUCUUUCCUGGGCCCCGACCAGGGCCUGGCUGCAGAAAAGAGCCCUGUCCUGCCCGUCCCUCAGGCAGAGGGCCACCGCGCCCUGCACGCCUGCCACCCACCCAGGCAGCCCUUCAGCGUGGCUGGCAUUGGCUGCUGAGUCACCUCUGUGUCCUUCCCUGUUUGACACCAGAGGUCCAGGAGGCCCCAGGACACUGUCCUGCCUUGUCCUGUAGACUGACCCAGAGGCCUUGGUAGGGGACACUCCUAGCCACCGCCUUCAGCCUGCCUGUCCACCCAGGGAUGGCGCGCCCCCAAAGGUCAGGGGGCAGCUGGCCAGGAAAGGCUGGGACCCCCCAAGUCUGACCCCCACCCCCCUGCCCUCUGGUUCUGGCUGGAGCUGGGGUCUCGCACAGAGACGCCGAGCAGGGUCCUGCCAAGGCUCCUGGCCCCGGGGACAGGCACCGUGUCCCCUCUGGCCAAGGUGUUGUCAGAGAAGGCAGAAGCGGGGCUUUUUGUUUUGGGUUUUUUUUUUUUUAAAGGUGCUUGCUUGUUUAAUGUAAGUAAUAGAAAGCCUUAAUAUCUUUUCUGUAACACGGAGGAAUAUUUUAACGCCAUGUUUGGAUGUACAUAUAUAUUUAUAACAGAGCAGGAGGCUGCUUAACCUGGCCGCCCGCUGUCCCUGGGGGCCGGAGGCGCAGUUAGGAGCCGUGUGGGGGCUCACCACAUGAGACAAUGAAUCAGUGUUGACAUGCUCCAAACGCUUGGGGAAGGGACCCGACUCGGUGGCCUUCCCUAUAGAUCAUGGCAGAGUCACAGGGACUGACCCCAGUCUAGGAGGCCCUUUGGCAUAUGUUUAUUUGCGGCUGACGUGUGCCACACUCUUGAGGCACCGCAGCAAGAGACCAACAAGGACCCGCCUGGUGGAUUUGACCCCCCUGAAAGAGACAAUAAACAUAAAUAAAUGCACAUGGAAAUUCA